AUGCCGCUGACGUUCCAUCGGAGAUACUCCGCCGGCCUCCGCGCGAUUCCGGCCUUCCUCCGGAAGCUCUUCCUGGAUUCCAGGCUUCGUGAAGCCUACAACCGGAGCACAGAUGAUGUGAUCAAGGCCAUGCAUACGACAAGAUCGAUGAAGGAGUAUGUUGGGGAUCUGCCACUGGACGAAGAGAUCAUCGCCAAAGGGAGGAGCGAGGCAGGUCUGUAUGAGGACCAAAUCGUGGACUACAUCUUCCCGGUCAUGGUCAGCGCGCAAGAGUUCUACGAGUCUGCCUGCCCCGAGCUGUUUGCAGAGGGCCAACGCACGUUGCGGCGGCUCCGAGACUUUGCUGCGGACGGCCGGCCCAACAGCCCGAAGUUCAAGCAGAUGUUUCCGGUGCUUUUUGUGGCACCCGCUGGUUCACGGGCGAUUCCGCUUCAUCAGCAUGGGCCAUACAACGACAACUUGCUCUGGAUGCUGCACGGCUCCAAGCGCGUCGUCGUGUCGGCGCCUUCCUCCACCGAGUGGCUCUAUGAGCGGCCUGAAUUUGGAGGAAGCGAGUAUGCGGAUCGAGUUUUCUCCGCAGACAUAGUUCAGCCCGAUGCAGGCCGGCAGCCGAACGUGGCUUUCGUGCGGGGCAUGGAGGGCGUGGUGAAUGCCGGAGAGCUGAUCUACCUUCCGGUGAACACGCCGCAUGCGGUGCAAACCACCGAGAGCAGCCCGAGU